UCUCCCUUCUCUCCCAGCAUGGUGUGUAGGUGGCUCCCCAGGGGCUCCUGUGUAGCAGCUCUGAUGCUGACCCUGAUGGUGCUGAGCCCUCCUGUGGCCUUGGUCAGGGACACACCACUGCGUUUCUUGGAGCAGAUGAAGGCUGAAUGUCACUUCCUCAACGGGAUGGAGCGAGUGCACCAUGUGACCAGGUACCUCUAUAACCAGGAGGAGCUCGUGCGCUUCGACAGUGACGUGGGCGAGUUCCAGGCGGUGAGCGAGCUGGGGCGGCCCAUAGCGGAGGACUUCAAUAGCCAGAAGGACGUCCUGGACAGCUACCGGGCCGCGGUGGACCGGUGCAGAAACAACUAUGAGCUGGUUAUACUCCUGUCAAGUCGUCGAGUUCAGCCCAAGGUGACCGUAUACCCCAUGAAGACCCAGCCCCUGCCCCACCACAACCUCCUGGUCUGCUCUGUGAGCGGCUUCUACCCAGGCAACAUCCAAGUCAAAUGGCUCCGGAACGGCCAGGAGGAGGAGGCUGGGGUGGUGUCCACAGGCCUGAUCCAGAACGGAGACUGGACCUUCCAGACCCUGGUCAUGCUGGAAGCUGUUCCUCAGAGCGGAGAGGUCUAUGCCUGCCAGGUGGAGCACCCGAGCUGGAGCAGCCCUGUCACCGUGGAGUGGAGUGAACAGUCUGGAUCUGCACAGAACAAAAUGCUGAGUGGAGUUAUAACCUUUGGGCUGGGUCUGCUCUUCCUUGGGGCAGGGCUGCUCGUCAACUUCAGGACUUAG